UUGGUGAUGAAGUGAAGUCAGUGUCAGUGGUGGAGGAAGAUUCUGUUACUCUACACACUAAUCUUACUAAAAUACAGAAAAAUGAUGUGCUUGUGUGGAGGUUUGGACUUCAAAAGUCUCUUAUAGCAAAAAUCAAUGGAGUGUCCAGUGAGGCCUCAGUGUAUCCUGAUGCUCUUGAUGGGAGAUUCAGAGACAGACUGCAGGUGAAUGAUCAAACUGGAGAUCUCAUCAUCAGGGACACCAAACCCAAAGACACUGGACUUUAUGAAAUGAUCUUUAACAGUGCUAAAGAAAGUUCAUACAGAUUCAAUGUUACUGUCUAUCGUGUGUUUGGUGAUAAAGUGAAGUCUGUAUCAGUGAUGGAGGGAGAUUCUGUUACUCUACAAAGUUAUAUUACUAAACUACAGACAGAUGAUCUGAUACUGUGGAGAUUUGGACCUGAAAAUUCUCUCGUAGCAAGAAUUAAUGGAGUGGCCAAUAAGAUCUCAAUAUAUGAUGAUGUUCUUGAUGGGAGAUUCAGAGACAGACUGCAGGUGAAUAAUCAGACUGGAGAUCUCAUCAUCACAAACAUCACAACUCAACACACUGGACUUUAUAUAACCAUCAGUGGCAAGCAGAAGAUCUCAUACAGAGUCAAUGUUAUUGUCUAUGGUGUGUUUUGUGAUACAGAUGAAGUGAAGUCAGUGUCAGUGAUGGAGGAAGAUUCUGUUACUCUACACACUCAUCUUACUGAAAUACAGAAAAAUGAUGUGAUAGUGUGGAGGUUUGGACUUCAAAAGUCUCUUAUAGCAAAAAUCAACAGAGCGACCAGUGAGAUCUCAAUAAAUGCUGAUGUUCUUGAUGGGAGAUUCAGAGACAGACUGCAGGUGAAUGAUCAGACUGGAGAUCUCACCAUCACAGACACCAAAACCAGAGACUCUGGACUUUAUGAAAUGAUCAUCAACAGCGCUAAAGAGAGCUCAUACAGAUUCAAUGUUACUGUCUAUGGUGAGUAA